GUUAACGUUGACGGUGAUAUGGAGCAUGUGGAGAGCGAGGUGAAGUCAGCAAUGAAUUCUCAAGCUGGUUACAGCUUUUUCAUGGCACUUGGCGCAACUAUUGGGGCGGUCAUCGACAUCUUCGUUGGUUCACUAAGCGUGUUCUUUGCUAAGCACUGCUUGUAG